AUGUGCGAGACGACGGCUUUUGUGCAGAUUAUGGAGAAUAUACUGGCUUCGGCGAAAAAGCCGAACCCUAGGGACUUCUUCGUGAACCUGGCCAACUCGAUCUACAGCCCGGAAAGAAGCUCGAUUCCACAGCCAAGCGUCGAUCCGCGCGAGGAAUGGGCCGCUCGACUUGUAGAUGCAAGUGAGAACGAUGACAUCGAGAUGGUCAUCGGCGUCAUCGUGCGCUACAGCUUCCGCGACAUUCACAACUUAUUGUCCCUCGAGCCGUGCCUUUCCGAUCUUACUGGGCGCGGGACAAAGCUGCAGAAGAUGGCGCAGCACUGUUUAUUGUCAUAUUCGGCAUACGAUCCGCUGGAUGCCGCAGAGUCGCUGCUUCGCCUUUUCUUCAAGCCCGAAGAAGCCGCCCGGCUUCGCAUCGACCCAACUGCCGCCGAAUUGCCAUCCGCUCAAUUGUCGUGCCUCCCGUUCGUUGAGGGCAAGGCUUGUCCUGUGACCUCCGAACAGCUGCCGCCCCGCGAAGCGGUUGAUUUGAAUCACCUCUCCGGCUACUUGAGCGAAGACGCGUCGACCUCGAUUUACGGCGACACCAGCUUGCCUACAGUAAAGGCGGCCGUAGACUUGACGGCGAACACUCUCAUCUUUGCCCAAUCGACCGUACUUUCAAAGAAAUUCAACGCGCAUAAAGUGGAUUGGAUCCACGAAAUUGCGCGGGGCACCGAUUUGGUGUUUGGACGAGAAGGGAUGAAGCUUUUGAAAAUAUCGAGGCCCGGGGAGCGUGAUGAGCUUCGGAUCUGCGCCAUCCAAAAAGGGAGGCGGGCUAUCUUUUCGAGCAAGAUUUGGAAGGGCGAGGAGAAACCGGCGAAGCCGGAUGUGGUUAUCGAGUUCGGCAAGGAGAAUAUGGACAUUACCACUCGGUCCGACGCCGCUGAUGAGCCGACGCUAAUUUUGGGCAUCGAUAUGUUUGUGCCAACCGAGAAGGGCGCCGUCGUGUCGGUGGAAAUUGGGCCUCGCGUGGGCACGCUCUCCGGCUACUUGAGCGAAGACGCGUCGACCUCGAUUUACGGCGACACCAGCUUGCCUACAGUAAAGGCGGCCGUAGACUUGACGGCGAACACGCUCAUCUUUGCCCAAUCGACCGUACUUUCAAAGAAAUUCAACGCGCAUAAAGUGGAUUGGAUCCACGAAAUUGCGCGGGGCACCGAUUUGGUGUUUGGACGAGAAGGGAUGAAGCUUUUGAAAAUAUCGAGGCCCGGGGAGCGUGAUGAGCUUCGGAUCUGCGCCAUCCAAAAAGGGAGGCGGGCUAUCUUUUCGAGCAAGAUUUGGAAGGGCGAGGAGAAACCGUCGAAGCCGGAUGUGGUUAUCGAGUUCGGCAAGGAGAAUAUGGACAUUACCACUCGGUCCGACGCCGCUGAUGAGCCGACGCUAAUUUUGGGCAUCGAUAUGUUUGUGCCAACCGAGAAGGGCGCCGUCGUGUCGGUGGAAAUUGGGCCUCGCGUGGGCACGGUCAGCGAGCGGCGGCUGUGUCAUUUGGAUUUCGACGCCGGGCGGUUGACGACUUAUUCGUCCCAACGCCUCGAUGAAAGCACCGAAACGCUGGCUGCCUGCACGAAGGGAUGCGGGAACUGCCUGCUCAUCGCCGACCAGGGCCACCGCUUCUGCGUCACCGAAUUGCCGACGAAAAUUCCGGAAGUAGCGGAGCCCGUUGAUGAACCCAUG